AUGGCGACCCCCAACAACCUGACCCCCACCAACUGCAGCUGGUGGCCCAUCUCGGCGCUGGAGAGCGAUGCAGCCAAGCCGGUGGAGGCCCCCGACGCGCCCGAGGCAUCCAGCCCCGCCCAUUGGCCCAAGGAGAGCCUGGUUCUGUACCACUGGACCCAGUCCUUCAGCUCGCAGAAGCACCUGCAGGUGCGGCUGGUGAUCGCGGAGAAGGGUCUGGCCUGUGAAGAGAGAGACGUGAGCCUGCCUCAGAGUGAGCACAAGGAACCCUGGUUCAUGCGGCUCAACCUGGGUGAGGAGGUCCCAGUCAUUAUCCACAGAGACAACAUUAUCAGUGACUACGACCAGAUUAUUGACUAUGUGGAACGCACCUUCACAGGAGAGCACGUGGUGGCCUUGAUGCCCGAGGCGGGCAGCCCACAACACGCCCGAGUGCUGCAGUACCGGGAGCUGCUGGAUGCACUGCCGAUGGACGCCUACACACACGGCUGCAUCCUGCACCCUGAGCUCACCACAGAUUCCAUGAUCCCCAAGUAUGCCACGGCUGAGAUCCGCAGACAUUUAGCCAAUGCCACCACAGACCUCAUGAAACUGGACCAUGAGGAGGAACCACAGCUCUCCGAGCCCUACCUUUCUAAACAGAAGAAGCUUAUGGCCAAGAUCCUGGAACAUGACGAUGUGAGCUACCUGAAGAAGAUCCUCGGGGAGCUGGCUAUGGUGCUGGACCAGAUUGAGGCGGAGCUGGAGAAGAGGAAACUGGAGAAUGAGGGGCAGACGUGUGAGCUGUGGCUCUGUGGCUGUGCCUUCACCCUGGCGGAUGUCCUCCUGGGAGCCACCCUGCACCGCCUCAAGUUCCUGGGACUGUCCAAGAAAUACUGGGAAGACGGCAGCCGGCCCAACCUGCAGUCCUUCUUUGAGAGGGUCCAGAGACGCUUUGCCUUCCGGAAAGUCCUGGGCGACAUCCACACAACUCUACUGUCGGCUGUUAUCCCCAACGCAUUCCGACUGGUCAAGCGGAAACCACCAUCGUUCUUUGGGGCAUCCUUCCUCAUGGGCUCCUUGGGUGGGAUGGGCUACUUUGCCUACUGGUACCUCAAGAAAAAAUACAUCUAG